AUGCCGACUCAUGUCUAUUUAUACUCUGCAUUUGCAGUUCUCCUUCCUGUCUCCGUAAUACCUCCUUGUUUCACAAUCAUUGCUCCUUAUUCUCUGGGCCUUAACCUUAGAGCAAGUUCCCUUACUUCUACCUGGUUUGCCAAGGGGCAAGCAAAGUUGGCAUCUAGCUCUUGCCCUAAUGACCACAACCCUCCUUCUGUGUCGCUUUAUAUGAGAGCCUCAAAGGGGAUGAAAUUGCAUGAAAGGUCACAAGUGCUUUUGGGUAAUAACCACACAGAGGAGGCCAAAUCCAAAAUCCCUGCAGCCAAACAGGGGCAACUGAGAGUCAACAGCCACACAACUGAGAGUCGGGCAAUAAUGGCCGCAGUAAAUGCUAAGCAGGGUCAUAGCUCAUUCGGUGAGAGUGCUGUGUUGAUAACGCAGAGGUGGAUGUUAAGCAAGGUCAAACCCUCUUUCUCCGAUACCCCUCUUCUUAAAGAGUCUACCCUUAAAGAUUCUCUUCCUUAA